CACUCGUAUCUGGUUGAACCAGUACUUCCUUUCCGCCGUUCCUAGGGACCACCCACUCCCGUUCCCAUGAGUGAUCCGAGACAGUACGCGGAGAUUAAUCGGUCUCUUUUGGUUCUCAUUCCAAAAGUUGAGCAGCCUGUUAGCAUAAAAAUGGCAAUUAUCCUCCUUCUAUUCGUUCUGGAUACGGGCCUAGUCCUGAGUGCGCUGUCUGUCUUCUCGGCUGGCCCAAACAACGGGAUUGGUCCUGUGGGAUUAGCACCAAAAUUCCUCGGCAUCUCAUCCUCCUGUUGCUGGUCAUUUCCUAAAGGAUCGAAGGUUCAGCCGACGCCUCAAAGUGGAUUUGUUGUGCGAAGGGUGCGACCGGGAUUUAGAGUUAGAAUAGCGGGGAAGACUUGACCUCAGGCAGCGUGAAACCAGUUUAUUUCAUUCGAUGUAGUGGUCCGAUUGCCUAGUGGAAGCCCUGAGGCACUUGAUUCUUGCGUACGCUCGGCUCCUCUACCAAUCACCACAGCGCGAGAUGCGCAAGAGUGACCCAUCUCUCCACACCAACUGGACCAUACAAUACACUCUUUAUAAGAAAAAAAGAUUUGGAACCGAAAGAUAGGAAAUAAAUUUACUUCCAGAGCGGAAGGGAAUACUUAACCACGCCUCGAGUCCCAGUCUCCUAGUGGUGAGAUGGUAAAGGGCAAUGUCCGGUUCUGGCCAAGAGAUGUCUUUGCUCCGUCCCCCUUCUUGUUGGUUGGCACAAGCCCUUGUAGUAGUAAGUCUUUCCUCCGGCCGGAUCGGAUGUUAGAGUCAAUUCCAUUGUACGUUUGACCAUUAAGUGAAUGCAAAUAUAGGUAGAAUUUGAAUCAACGACCUAAGAGUCUUCUUUUGCCUAUCGUAGUUACCUUGAUGUGAUAAAUGGUCCAACUUUCUUGAAAGAUAUCAGAUCUUUAAAGUCCUGCUCAUAUACAUACUAAUAUGAUCGCUACGAGGUCAUCCCACUACACACCAUCAAGCAACCACUACUGAAGCUAUCAACUCAAUUCUCUCGUUCGAAUGGGGAGAUAGAUAAAAGAAACGAAACUCUAUAAAAUAUCAUAAGAGAAGAAGAUUUUAAUUCCAGCUUAAAUAAGUAAGACUUGACUCUUUAAAAAAUUCCGAUCAACAACUUG